AUGCCACCCAUGGAUCCAAUCUCUCGACCAUCUUCGACCUCAACAGUGAACUCUUCUUUACACCACAGCGCAUCACUGCCGCAACUACCUGGUCUAUCAGCACUGGCGUCAUUAGCUUCGGGUACAAGCUCGCCACAAUUGAGAGCAUUCAAUGUUGGACAGAGUGUAAAUAUGGGGUAUGCGACAUCAUCACCAUCUGCUACAUCCGGAGGAGGGCAAAACAAUUCACCAAGCAACUGCGAGAAUUUUCGUUCCUCCCCAAUCUCCGAUAACGAUAGCGAUUUUGCAAAUUAUCAUAUUAUCAAUACCACAAAUAUGGCUACAAUGGCUAACAAUGAUCGCGAAACCCAACAGCCUACCUGUCAGAACUGUCAGACUUCAACGACUCCUUUAUGGCGAAGAGAUGAAAUAGGUUCUGUAUUAUGCAAUGCUUGUGGUCUCUUCCUGAAAUUGCACGGGCGGCCUCGGCCGAUAAGCCUCAAGACAGAUGUUAUCAAGAGUCGAAAUCGCGUGAAGAGUUCAGGUACUGCUCAAGGUGCAAAGAAAAAGACUCUGUACGAAGCUAAUGGUCUUGACCAAGCGCGAUCGCAAGCUGGCACACCACCGCCAGGUUCACUUGGACAUAGAAGAGCAUCAGGAAAGUCUGCCAAUGGUCAUUCAGAUGGAUCGAACUCUCCCAUCUCCAGAACUGCGACUCCUUCGAUGUAUGGUAAUCAUUUACCCCCAUUCAACGGAAAUGGCUUGGAAGAACAUCAUUACAACCAUUCCCCGUCUCUUCCGCCUAUGCACAUCCGACAACCUUCUCCUGGCGAUAUACGGUCUACGUCCCCAUCUAUGAAUGGUCCGCAUGGUCUUGAAGUGCCUCAGACAUACGAACAGCUUAUCGCCCAGAAUUCAUCUUUGAAAACUCGCGUCAACGAGCUGGAGGUUAUAAACGAACUCUUUCGUGGUCGAGUUACCCAACUUGAACAGGAUGAAGCCAAUGCGAAUCAAGGAGUGGCUAUGCUUAGAGAAUCAGAGCAUAAUUUAAUGAGUCGACUUGAGGAAUCUCAACGUCGUGAAAAUCAAUUGAAGCGUCGCCUGGAUGAUGUUGAACGUGAACUCAACGAAUUGCGUGACGGGGCACCUCGCGCUAAGAAAAUGCGUGUUGCAGAUAUGGUUGGGGACAGCGAGUCGUCAACUCCACAAUCAGUCACUUCAUAG